GCCCCCAGGCCUCCAUGCUCUUCCGGUCCCAGAGGCCGGGCGGCGGAAGUCGUCACUCGCUGAGGGACGGAGCCCACGCUGCGCACCCGGCAGCAGGCUAGCAAUGGCGAUGGGCGGAGGCGGCGGUGGCGGCAGUGGCAGCGGCUUCCCGGAGCCGGAGGACUCGGUACUGUUCCGGCGCGGCACUGGCGAGAGUGAUGAUUCUGACAUUUGGGAUGAUACAGCAUUGAUAAAAGCAUAUGAUAAAGCUGUGGCUUCAUUUAAGCACGCUCUGAAGAACGGUGACAUUUCCGAAGCCUCAGAAAAACCCAAAGGCACACCUAAAAGAAAAUCUGCUAAGAAGAAUAAAAGCCAAAGAAAGAACACCACAACUCCUUCACAGCAGUGGAAAGUUGGUGACGAAUGUUGUGCCAUUUGGUCAGAAGAUGGACGCAUUUACCCAGCUACUAUCGCUUCAAUUGAUUUUAAGAGAGAAACCUGUGUUGUGGUUUACACUGGAUACGGAAAUAGAGAGGAGCAAAAUCUGUCUGAUCUACUUUCCCCAACCUCUGAAGUAGCUAAUAUAGAGCAAAAUGCUCAGGAGAAUGAAAAUGAAAGUCAAAUUUCAACAGAUGAAAGUGAGAACUCCUCCAGGUCUCCUCCAAAUAAACCAAAUAAUAUUAGGUCGAGAGCUGCUCCAUGGAACUCUUUUCUGCCUCCACCACCCCAUAUGCCAGGAUCAGGCCUGGGACCAGGAAAGUCAGGUCUAAAAUUCAGUGGCCCGCCGCCGCCGCCACCGCCGCAUUUCCUGUCAUGCUGGCUGCCUCCAUUUCCUUCUGGACCACCAAUGAUUCCGCCACCACCUCCCAUGUGUCCGGAUGCUCUGGAUGAUGCUGAUGCUUUGGGAAGUAUGUUAAUCUCUUGGUACAUGAGUGGUUAUCAUACUGGUUAUUACAUGGGUUUCAAACAAAGUCGAAAAGAAGGAAGGCACUCACAUUUCAAUUAAGGAGUUUUUAUCUUUCAGAUUCAGAUGCAGCUCUCUCCCAAGGAGAUGGUAUUUUAAUGUGCCCUGGUUGAAGUGAACAAAUGUUUCAUCAUUUUCUUCAUGCACACUUGGAUGGGUGCAUGUCAUCUGCAUUUCCCCUUGUUGCAUGUGAUUCAUGCUUAAAUAAACAGAUAUUUUAAGGGAAUAAUCAGUUUGAAUAACUGAACAACGGAAAUAUGAUUAAAAGAAAUUCAAAGUCACAUACAGUGCAGAAAGUCAAUCUGUCAAAAUUGCAACUGAGCCCAUUUGUAUAUUGUAAUUUUCUUAGUAAGUAUGUUAAGCUUUUUAUUAAUGCCUUUAAAAAUAAAUAACUUUUUUAAAAAAGA